AUGCCUAAGUCAGGAGUGCACUACAAACAGCUUGCUCUGCUGGUCCUUGGUUCAGAACCUAUGCCUAAGUCAGGAGUGCACUACAAACAGCUUGCUCUGCUGGUCCUUGGUUCAGAACCAAUGCCUAAGUCAGGAGUGCACUACAAACAGCUUGCUCUGCUGGUCCUUGGUUCAAAACCUAUGCCUAAGACAGGAGUGCACUACAAACAGCUUGCUCUGCUGGUCCUUGGUUCAGAACCUAUGCCUAAGUCAGGAGUGCACUACAAACAGCUUGCUCUGCUGGUCCUUGGUUCAGAACCUAAGCCUAAGACAGGAGUGCACUACAAACAGCUUGCUCUGCUGGUCCUUGGUUCAGAACCUAUGCCUAAGUCAGGAGUGCACUACAAACAGCUUGCUUUGAACCUGCAUGUUAUAUUAUUUCCUUGUCCUUGA